AUGGGCUCUCCAGACCCAUACGGUCGCCAAUUGAAUGGCAUGGGGUCAGGCAUCUCGUCAACGUCAAAAAUUAUUGUGCUGUCUCCGCCAUCGCGGCCUGAUGUCGACGUAGACUAUACGUUCGUGCAAGUCGGGAUCGAGGAUGGGAGCCUCGACAUGGCCGGAAACUGCGGCAACAUGUCAUCAGCUGUUGGGCCAAUGAGUCUGGACGAAGGUCUCGUCACGAACCCGCGGAUCGAAGAAGUCGACGGCCAUCAGUUUGCUGUCGUGCGCAUUUUCAACACAAACACAUCCAAGGUCAUCUCGGCGCGCUUCAGCGUCAGUGGGAGCCCGCCAAAGUACUCUCCCGACGGCGACUAUACGAUGGAUGGUGUACCCGGCACCAACUCGCCCAUCACGCUCAGCUUCCUGGACCCAGCCGGAGCCAAGACAGGCAAAGCACUUCCCACUGGCAAUGCUUGCGAUUGGCUGCUCCUCCCAGACGCGAGUACCAUACAGGCGUCCCUGGUAGAUGUUAGCAACCCCGGUGUCUUUGUACGGGCUACAGACUUGGGCAUCCCUUCGCCAGAGGACUUGACACCACAAGCUGUUGAGGCAGACGCUGCUUUGAAGGCGAGGCUGGACGGAAUCCGACGUGCGGGCGCUUCUCUUAUGGGACUGAACCCCGACGUGGAGAGCGUUCCCAAGAUUGUAUUGCUUUUCUCGGACAACCGUUCACCCGACGUUGACAUUCGAUGUCUGGCAUUAUCUAUGGGACAGGCACAUAAAGCUGUUCCGCUGACGCUUGCGCUGUGUCUUGGUGCCGCCAGCCAGCUACCGGGCACCAUCCCGGCCCAACUGGCCGGUAAUCGGUCAAAGAGCUCAAUUAUCAUUGGGCAUCCAAGCGGCAAGGUAGAUAUUGGUGCCACUUUCGAGGACGGGAAGAUCAAGUCGGCAGAUCUUCACCGCACUGCACGAGUGCUGAUGAAGGGCCAUGUGUAUUACUAG